GAUUCCUCGGCCACGUCCACGCCCGACGUGUCCCCCACUACAUCCCCCACAAAGAAGGAAGCUCCACACCAUCUGCCAAGUCCUCAGUCUUCCCCUGUCCUUCACAGACAAAGAAGUGCAACGAUUGACACCAGCUCACUCAAUCGUUCAGGCCUGCAGCGGGCCAGACAAAGGGACGUCAACCACAACACUACUGCAGGCCCGGUGAAGACAACAUUUGUGGUCUCCUCUAGCAGCCCUCACAGAUCUGACAGUUUGGUGUCCUCAACCUCCAGCUCACAAACUGAGGACAACACUUUGUUAACACCGCAUCUGCGACGAGCCAGCAGCACUAGUUCCUGGAGGACCAACAUCUUUAACAGAGUCUGCACACCCCAGCACUCGUUUGAAAUAGGAGAUGAGAGUCCGCACACUGAUGGCAAGUUACACAGUACUGUGGAGAUCCGAACCAUGUGGAAAAAACUUAUCCUAGAGAGUUUGCUUUUGAUUAGAAUGGAAAAAGAGAAUCACACCAUCCGAGCAAUGCAAGAGAAAGGUGGGGCCACUCUGUCCCACAAGCUGGAGUAUCAAGAGUUAACUCCCUGCCUAAAGGAGAUCACCUGUGUGUGGGAGCAGAUGUUGUCCUUACAUGACGCAGACACAGCCGAGGAGGCAGGACAGAUCUUGAUGGAGAACCAUGGGAAGACUAUCCCUAAAACCAAGCUUCUGGAGUAUGUGAUGAAAGGUGUGCCGCGAACUUUACGAGGUCAAGUCUGGCUACUGCUCAUGCAGCAACAACAGAUUCGAACUGCAGUGCCUGACAAAGCUCAUGAGAGUGCUAACUAUGAGGAUCUGCUCAAACAGUUAACCACUCACCAACAUGCAAUACUGAUAGAUCUUGGUCGCACUUUCCCCAACCACCCGUACUUCUCCAAACCUCUGGGACCUGGUCAGCUGGAGCUGUUCAACCUUCUCAAGGCCUACAGUCUUCUGGACAAGGAAGUUGGCUACUGCCAGGGACUGUCCUUCAUUGUUGGAAUGUUGCUCAUGCAUAUGGAGGAGAUUUCUGCUUUCCAUGUCUUGAAAUAUUUGAUGUAUGACCUUGGCCUUCGUCAACAGUACAGACCAAAUAUGAAAGCACUACAGCUGAAGUUGUACCAGCUCACUCGCCUACUUCAUGACCGCUACAAGGAUGUCUACGAUCACCUUGAGGACCACGAGAUUUCACCUACCCUGUAUGCUGCCCCCUGGUUCCUCACAAUGUUUGCCUCGCAGUUUCCUCUUGGCUUUGUUGCCAGAGUUUUUGACAUGGUGUUUAUACAAGGCAUAGAUGCCCUCUUUAAGGUGGCCUUGACACUCAUAGGUAGUCACCGUGCCCUGAUGCUACAGUGCUCCUCAUUCGAAUCCAUUGUGGAUUUUCUGAAGGUCACGCUGCCAGAAAUGGUGCAGGUGCAGAUGGAGAGAAUCAUUAACCAGGCUUUUGAGCUGGACAUCGACAGGGAGCUACAGGCCUACCAGGUAGAGUACCAGGUGCUCAGUGAAGAGAUGGCCUAUCCUUCCCCACAGCCUCACUACUACUCACAACUUGAGGAAGAGAACCAACGUCAACGUGAACAAGGGGAAGACACACCAUCACCACCCACUCGCAGAAGUACUCCCAGGAAUUCUGCAUUGCUGCAGAGGAGACGAUCCUCAGCUGAUGUUGAACUGAUAUAUCAGCUGGAGAACCAGAACCGGGCACUUAACAACCAGAAUACAGAAAUGUCUGAGAAGCUGCAGGAGGCUCAAUCUGAAAGAAGAAGUUGUGAGCUCAGUCUGGUCACCCAGCAAAUUGAGAUGGACAAACUCAAGUCCCAAAUCCGAGCACUGGAGCUGGAACGUGCAGCUCUGCUGACAACUGUUGCUAAACUGAAGAAACUGGUCCCCCGUGAAGUUCUACAGCGGGCUCGUCCAUCUCUAACAACCGCAUCCUCAGCUGCUCCACAAAGCCCACAUGCUAACAGUCUUGGACAUGCAGAUGACCACACACACAGGGAGCUAAGUACAACUGUCAGUCUGGACUUGUUAGCAAGUGGCCAGAAAUUGUCUUUCCCUGACAUUGAAUCUCAAGCUGGUGAUGAUUCUUCUGUGUGUUUGACAUUUGCAGAUUCAGCAACUUUAAAUACUUCCCAAAUAAAGGAGUUGCAUCAGAGAAAACAAGAGGUAAACCUUGAGAAUUAUAGGGGAAAACUUUCCUCAAGCCAUGAAGUUAUCAAUAAUGAACAUUCUCAAGCCAUUCAUAAACAUCCUUCCUCAGGUCUGACCACAACUACACCACGCUGCACACACACAGCAUCAUCAUCAUCUUCACCAUCAGCACAUUUAUUAAAUCAGGAAGACGUAUAUAAACAAUGGACAAAGCAAUCUAUUGCUGAGCCAUGA